UUCACAGGUCAGCACCAAGACUGGACCAUCAGUGGGAGCUAAAUUUGGUAGUCAGGGUGGGUGAUCAUGUUCCCUAUCUGUGUGCACACGAUACUGUCCCAGUUACUUGAGCGAUGUUCUAUCUCGCACACCCAUAAGGUCUCUGAUGCCCCUGACAGCUCCACACAACUGUAUUUUGACAUUUUCAACUUAAAACAUUUCGUGGGGCCUGCCAGGAGGACGACCCUGCUACUUUCUUGCUGCUGCUUGAGCCGCCAUGUUUCUCGCCCUUGUGGUGACGCCAGAGCUGAGGGAGUUUUUGGUUCAGGCGAGAGGAGGAGCGGUGCGCCUCAUCAAGGUGCGCAUACAAGACGAACAGCUGGUGCUUGGGGCCUACAGGGAACCAGAGCAGAGCUGGGACCGGGAUUACGACCAUUUCCUUUUACCUCUGCUGGACCGGCAGGAGCCCUGCUAUGUGCUCUACCGCCUGGACUCCCACAAUGCACUGGGCUUUGAGUGGCUCUUCUUAUCCUGGUCACCUGAUGAGUCUUCCGUCAAAGACAAGAUGCUGUAUGCUGCCACCCGUGCCACCGUCAAGAAGGAGUUUGGCGGUGGCCAUGUGAAGUAUGAGAUGUUUGGCACACUGGAGGAGGACGUCUGCCUGUCGGGCUACCAGCGUCAUGUGUUGUCGUACUCCAGCCCUGCACCGCUCACACUAGCGGAGCAGGAGCUGCAGAGGAUCAAGCUCACUGAGGUGGCAGUAGAGAACAGCGUGGAAAGUAAGCAGCAAACCCUUCAAGGCCUGGCCUUCCCGCUGCAGGAGACGGCCAGACGAGCCCUCCAGCAACUUGCCCAGAAGCAGAUCAAUUACAUACAGCUGAGACUGGAUGUGGAGCGAGAGACGAUUGAACUGGUUCAUUUCCACCACACGGAGACACGGGACUUGCCUUACAGAGUCCCCAAAGACACGCCAAGAUAUCACUUCUUCCUCUACAAACACUUCCAUGAAGGCGACUCCUUCGAAUCCGUCGUGUUCAUCUACUCCAUGCCUGGGUACAGCUGCAGCAUCAAGGAGCGAAUGCUCUACUCCAGCUGCAAGAGUCGACUCUUGGAGGAGGUGGAGAGAGAUUACCAGCUGCAGGUUGCGAAAAAGUUGGAAAUUGACGAUGGAGAUGUGUUGACGGAAGAGUUUCUGUACGAAGAGUUUCAUCCGAAGCAGCACGCGCUCAGGCAGGCCUUUGCCAAGCCACGCGGCCCCGCAGGCAAGAGGGGACACAAGCGCCUCAUUAAGGGCCGAGGCGAGGCGGUGCAGGACGGCUAGAAGGCGGACAAAAGUUCUUGCUGAGGUGUUUCUUGAGUACUGGCACUUUGUAAAAUAACAGACACAUCGUCAGGCCCAAAACAAAGAGCUCAAUGUCCAGUUCUUUGUGAGCAUAGGAGACAUUUGUGAUAUAGAGGCUGGUCUCACUGCAUGUAUGGUUCAGAAUUCUAUUGGUGUGUUUAAAAAUGUAUGAAAAAAAAACACUCAACACCUUUCUAGUAGCUUUUAUUUUCAUACACACACAAAUGCAAUGGGGUCAACUGGUUAGCACGUCGGCCUCACAGUGUAGAGGUGCAGGGUUCGAUUCCGGCUCCAGCCUUCCUGUGUGGAGUUUGCAUGUUCUCCCUGUCCGUUGCUUCGUGGGUUUUCUUCGGGACUCCGGUUUCCUCCCACAUUCCAAAAACAUCCGUGGCAGGUUAAUGGAACGCUCUAAAUUGUCCCGAAGUGUGAGUGUGAGCGUGGAUGGUUGUUCGUCUCUGUGUGCCCUGCAAUUGGGUGGCAACCAGUUCAGGGUGUCCCCUGCCUGCUACCCGAAGACAGCUGGGAUAGGCUCCAGUGCGCCCCGCGACCCUUAUGAGGGUGAACGGAUCAGGAAAUGGAUGGACAAAAAAAACAAACCAGAAAAAAAAAGACAGGUUGGCCAGGGGUGUGAAGACAAUGCAGCAUGGUGGUACGAACAUCAUGAAACUAUGUUGGUCCCAUUUAUGGCCUAUUCGGCAUUGCCUAGGACAUCAUUCUGCCAAAAAGGAACCACCUUUAAACUUGCUUCCAGGCUGACAAAGUCAAGUCAAGCUUUAUUCAUCUGUGAAAUAAAAGUAAUUUCACAGGUGAAAUUACUUUCCUCUCUCAACCAUAGUGCAAACAGUGCAAAAAUGAAUCCCCCGGAGCGGCCAGCCUCAUCUCCAGAGAUGAAUCCAAUAGAGAACUAGCAGGGGGCAAUUAACCAAAUGCUGCUUCUGAGGUCAAAGCAUCAAAUUCAGACAAUUAUGGAAACAUCACGAUUCAAUUCACUUCAAUUCAUUUCAAUGCAACAGAGAUGAGAAGCACCUGUCAGAAAUACUAAAUAUUCGAUCAGUGAUACACAAAGAAACAAAAAUUUCAGCAGGUUUUAGUUUAUACGUCCCCAAAAUAUGUUUUUAAUCGCCUAGUAUUCAUUUUUUAAUCUUUUCAAAACAUGCAGCAAAAGGUGUAUGCUAUGAAGUGGCUAGCUUGGUCUCCUGAUAAAAAUCCAAUAGACAGCUAGUGGGGGUGACAUUAAUAUUGCGGUUUCUGAAGCCAAACUACGAUAGGCAGCUGACUUUUGGACUGCCUAAUCUUCGAUUUUCUUCCAUUUCUUCAACACAUUAGAUUUUUUUUCAGUAUUUAAUUUUGAAUAGUUCCCAUUGUAUUCAGGUGUAUGCAAAUAAAAACU